AUGUAUCAAAAGAUUUCCUCAGUCUCCCCUGUGGUUCAUCUUCCUAAGUUGCUUGGCUUCUGGUCCAAUCUCCAGGUUGCACCGUUAAUUGCAGGUGCUGCUGUUGCUGCUGCAGCUUAUGCUGGUAAAUACGGAAUAGAGGCAUGGCAAGCGUUCAAGGCAAGACCUCCAAGGCCUAGGCUGCGCAAGUUCUACGAAGGUGGUUUCCAAGCUACCAUGACUCGGAGAGAAGCCGCUAUGAUUCUCGGUGUUAGGGAGAGUGUAGCGGCAGAGAAGGUGAAGGAAGCUCAUCUGAGAGUGAUGGUGGCAAAUCAUCCAGACGCAGGAGGAAGCCAUUACCUUGCCUCUAAGAUCAACGAAGCCAAAGACAUGAUGCUUGGCAAAACCAAGAUCUCUAGUUCUGCGUUUUGA